GACAACAAGAAAUGUUGUGGUGGUUGUGGCAAUAAGUGUGUCACACCCUACAUGCCCGAGAAUUGCCAGAAGAAGAAGGAAGUGCUGAUGGCUCACUGGAACCUGUACCAGAACUUGUCCAACUUCCUCCAGGACGGGAACAUGACCAGUAUGGCCAACCAGUCGUACCCAGCAAUGAUGCACAGCGCCAUGACGUGGGUCAGGAACACAACACACAUGUGGAGGCCUUCAUGCAAUGCCAGUGGUGACUACGAGCGUGUGCAGUGCGAGUAUAAUCUGAGGACUGGGCAGAAGGAUCACUGUUUCUGUUCUAACAGAGAAGGUCAACGCAUCAACGGCACCGACACCAGACCGCCGUCAAUGCCAAUGUGCACGACUAAGCCUGGAUACUGCCCUACCGAGUCCCUAUGA